AUGCCCAUUCGAGAGUCAACAUUCCUCCUCUUCAUGACCUGGCUCUGCAUGCUCGUCUUGUUCUCCGUCUCAUUCGACACCACCAACGAAUCCAUCCUCGUUCUUAAAACAAACGACACAUACGUCGCCAGGGCAGCAGCAUUCGGCCCCCGCUUAGACGAAACAUCCUCCCCCUCCCCCUCCACUUUCAGCCUCAUCGCCGUCGAGACCCUAGACCCCUCCGAGUCUCGAACCGCCUGUCGCCCCGUCGUCUUCAAUUCCUCCUUGCACAACAAUAUCCGGGAUAAGCCAUGGGCAGCGUUGGUGGAACGAGGAGGGAAAUGUGGGUUUGUGGACAAGGUCAAGAAUAUGAUGGCCAGCGGGGCCUCUGCGGUUGUUGUGGGUGACUGUCUGAGGGGGCCUUUGGUGACGAUGUACUCUAACCGAGAGGACACGUCCGACAUUACGAUCCCCUCGGUGUUCAUCAGUCAGACACACUACCGGGAACUGAGAUAUCUCGGCAUGGAGCUCGGCCAGGGAUUCCUCAUCAGGAUGACAAGCGAUGAAGUGGACCUGCCAGUGCUGGAUGCGAUCGUAGUCUUAGUCAUCGCACCUCUGGUCGUUUUCCCGUUCCUGUUCUUCCUCUGGCGGAUGCGACUGCGUCAACUGCGGCUGGCCGAUCUGGCGCCCCUAGAAGUAGUCAACAACCUGCCCAUCAAGGUUUUCUACAAGUCAAAACUCAAUGAGGACGACCCUGUCGAAUGUGUAAUCUGUCUGGACGAGUACAAGGAUGGGGAUGAGUUGAGAGUCUUGCCCUGUCGUCAUGAGUACCACGCUAUUUGUGUUGAUAACUGGCUCACCACCCGCAAGAAGUUUUGCCCGAUCUGCAAGCGGGAUAUUUGUACAAUGCCACCAUUACCUGCGACGCCAGUCGAGACACCGACAGAGAGGACACCACUCUUGAGCUCUUCUGCCCCCAGGAUGGAAAAUGACUCUAGGAUCAUCAUUCCUUUUAGCACCUGUUCGAGCGAACCAUCUUCUUCGAUCACGGGAAGUGACCCAUCUUCAUCAUCUGCAUCCGCCUCCUCGUAUUCGACAGCAUUGUCUCCAGGAUCGGCACCCAAGCAACACCUACCAUCACAGCCAUCUUUACAAUCAACAGGGCGAUCUGGUGAAGUGACGAUACCAUUGGAAUCGGUCACUACUGACAGUCAUCCUGAUACUACUACUAUCCCUACUUCUACCACGACACCGUCACAACAUGGAGGAGCAACGAGAACAGGAUCUUCAGGAUCAGUAGAAGAAGCGAGAGGUCAUCAUGGCUCGGCAUCAAGCCGCGACGAUGAGGCAUUGAUGCGGAUGGCUUGA